AUGGACGACUCACCAGAACCCUCUCAAAAUGACGACCCAUCCAACUCACCUGAGCCGGUGCUGCUGGCCCUCCCAGAGGUCAUCACCAUCGAUCCCAGAGGGGACAUCCUGUUGGACGUGACCUUUGAGACCUCCAGAUCUACGCUCAAGGCCGCUCGGAAAGCAACUCCCAAACCCCGACCAGGCCAGAGAGACCCUCCGCCUCCCCUGCCCGUCCUGAAACCUCACAUCCGCCUUGCGUACAGGGUCGACCUCGCCACGCUCAAGAAGCAUUCCCGCUACUUUACCAACCUCCUAGGGGACACUCGCUUCCAGGAGGCUAGGGCCAUCGCCCAGAGGCUCGAUGAGAUCGCAGCAAGAGGCCAGAACCCGGGGGACUUGGCACCAGAGGACCUGCCGCGGGUAGAGAUUGAGGACGAUGACGAGGCCACCCGCACCGCCGGUCGCGAGACCGCCUUCGCCGAUAUGCUGCGCGUGCUACACGGCCUCCCCACCGUCACGAAGCCUGUCACCGUGCUCUACGUCACCACCCUCGCCGUUCUCGCCGACCGCUUUGCCUGCACCGCGCCCGUGUCCCGGCACCUCAUCGCCGUCCUUAAGUUCAGAUGGCCCACAACGCCUCCGCUUCGGCCGCGGGAGGACGGCCUGAGCGGGCUUACGCUGGCGGCGGAGGAGCUUGUGAGGCAGAAGGUGCUUGUGGCGUGGCUGCUGGAACAAGCCCCGCGCCUGGCAGCGGCAACGAAGGAGCUGGUGCUCUUUGGGAGCCACCGUUGGUCUGUGGCGUACGAGGACGAUGAGGAUGACGGGGGGGCUGAUGCUGGCAGAGGUGCCGCCCACGCGAGGCAGGAUGCUGUCUGGUGGUUUCUCCCAGACGGACUAGAGGAGGAACUUCACUAUCGCCGGCACCAAAUCCUGCGCAGCCUGGCCUCGAUCCCUGCGCACUUUCUCCACCUCUACACGACGCGCACCCGCAACGGCUACCGGCAGUGCAAGCUAGGCUACGACUCCUCUUCGGCCUGUGACUCGUUCCAGCUCGGCGAGAUGGUCCGCUUCCUCGUGUCCAAGAACCUGCUGUUCCUGACAAACUUCGCCCCUUCGUCUCUGGACGAGGUCAAAGACUUCGCCGCUGUCGAUGUUGGCUCCAUCCUGGGCGCACUGAAGCAGUGCCCCAACUACCAAGUGGAUAGGCACCACACCAACUGCGGCCUGCGGACGCGUGUUAUGCCCAUCCUAGAGUAUGUCGCUGCCAUGCUCGGCACGACCGCCGCGCAGAUAGGUUUGCAAGGGUGGAAGAGGGAGAGGAGGACGACGAGCUGGCAGAAACCUGACGACCACAACGACGACAAUGCGGCACGGGGGGCCAGCCGGAAAAAGGACUUUGUCGUCGAGGACAGUAUGGGAGACGGCGGUGGUGGCGGUGGUCGGGGCACGAACGGCGGGAGGGUCUUCUACUUCACGCGAUCUGUUGCCUCGGACCAGCGUCUCCGCUUCGAGGGCGCCAUGGCAGCCGACAGGCUGGCGAGGGAGCUGUUCACCGCUGACGCGUGGGAUUGGACGCCUGAGGAUGUAGACAGAGUGGACCAGAUCUCGGAGUCGAAACACCUGAGCAUGCCGCUUCGAAGGAAGGAGAGGAAGUAGAAAAAAGAAAGACAAGAAGAGAGAAGAGAAGGACAAGAAAGGAAAGAAGAAUAAAAGGAUGGCGGGAUCCUGGGGGUUGGGGUUCUUAAGAUGUAAAGUCACAUAGAGGGAGCCCCUGGUCGGGUGAUCCAAGCGGGCGAUAUGUGUUUGAACGGUGCAAAUGUAUCUUCAAAAUUG